UGCAACAUGCCUCGCCACCCCCACACCUACAUAAAACCCCUUUCCCCCGCUCCUCCUCUCCCGGCUUUUACCCCUCUCUUUGACUCCACUCUACCAUUACCGCACCACCUAGCUCCCUCGUCCUCUCCGCACGCCAACACAUUCACUCGGUUGUUAAGCUUCCCACCGAGCUUGCUGGCCGAUCGAUCGCCGACAUGAGGAGGCAGAAGCGGUGGUCUCGCGCGGCCGUCGUCGCGUGCCUAGCGGUGCUUCUCACCGCCGCGUGCGCCGAGUCGUCCUGCCAACCAGGCAGGCGGCUGCUGGCGGCGUCGUGGGAGGAAGCGGCGGCGACAGGCGUGCGCUCGAGCGAGAGCGGCGACGCUGACGACGGCCCGCGGAGGAGCGCGUUCGACGUGGUGGUGGAGGGGCUCGUCAGCAUCGGGCUCGGCCGGCGGUGGCGCGCCGGCGGCGACCCGCUCGUCGACCAAGACAAGCGGCGCGUGCCCACGGGGCCCAACCCGCUGCACAACAGAUGAGUACGUUCGUGGCUAAUCGCCCGUUAGCUAGCUAGAAGCUCGGAGCGCCAUUGCUGAGAAGUGGCGACGACGAGGAGGAGGAGGAGAAGAACGGGAAGGAGAGGAGAGGAAGACCAUCAGCUUUCCACCAGUGUUGCUCCCUUCUGCUUCCCCUUCUUCUCUUUUUUCCUUUUUUUUGGUUGCUUGUUAUUUUUCUUCCCCUUAUUUUUCUUGUGCUUUCGAUUGGCUUGUGAAGUGGACAGCGAGGCUUUUCUGUUGAUUGAAAGAGAUAGAUAUAUGAGUAUAGUUCUUCUUUUGUUUCAUCUA